GGGGCCUGAUGCAGAUUAACGAAAACGUUAAAGGGGCCCAUGGAAUAUUGAUAUUAAUGACUGGCAUUUUGUGUUUGUAGCGAUACAGCACGCAGUGUCGUAGCCUUUACUAAUACAGAGUAUACAUAACGUUUCAGCUUUAUGGUGAAUAAUGUUAAAUAAUACCAGAGCUGUUUUAGUACACUGAUAUAUACACAUUUACUGUAUUAGAUAACAGAGAAGUAGUUAUAUCCUUAUAUACCUUGUGUAGUCACUGGAAGAUAAUGGAACAAAUGCACCAUGUACAAACAAUUCAAGAAGGAACUGGAGAACAAAAAAAUGCAACUGGAUCUUAAGGAUAUUGAAACGUGUGAUAAAUUAAAAAGAUGUUGGGAUAUAAUCGAUAAACAAUGUAAUAAUUAUCGUAAAGAUAAUAAUAAGAAGAUAGUAACACCAGUUAAAGCUGGGGGAUGGAGAACUGUUCGUAUAUUCGUCUCGUCAACAUUUACAGAUUUCUAUAAUGAAAGAGAAAUUCUGGUAAAACAGGUAUUCCCGGAAUUAAGAGAAUGGUGUGAAGCAAGAAGAAUACAAUUAAUAGAUUGUGAUUUACGAUGGGGAAUACCAAAAGAUACAACAACAGGAGAAACAAUAGCUGUUUGUUUAGAGGAAUUAGAUGCUUGUUAUGAAACCAAUGAGGGAGAACCUUUUUUCUUGAAUAUGACUUGUGAUAGAUAUGGUUGGAUACCAUCAGAAGAAGAUAUACCAGAUGAUGUUAAAGAAAAGUAUGAUUGGGUACCAGAUACUUCAAUAACUUUCAUGGAGAUACUUCAUGGUGCCUUGAGGAAAGGAAAUAGUAAUGCAGUAUUUUUCAUUCGAAAUAAUGAUUUUAUUUCUCAAAUCCCUAAAGAUCAUUUAACAAGAUUUAAAGACAUUGAUACAUACAGCCAACAACAAUUAAAACUUUUGAAAGCAAAAAUGUCUGAAAUAUUUCCGACUCAAGUAUAUUGUUAUGAUGUAAAAUACAAGGGCGUGUCUGAAGUAGAAGGCAAAGAACUGGUAAUUAUUGAAGAAUUAGAACAAUUUGCUGGUCAAGUUCUAGAUUUCUUUAAAUCAGCCAUCGAACAAAAAUAUCCUGUUCCUGAAUUACACAAUGACAUUCCGAUUGAAGAAUUAGAAAAAGAUCACCAAUGGGCAUUUAUUACUGAAAGAGCUGAGUCUAUGAUAGGAAGAGAAAAUGAAGUAGAAUUGUUGUUGAAUUUCUGUAAAGGUGAACCAUGUAAUAUUAAACAAACAGAGAUAAGCCAACCUUCUUCAAGAAAAUCUGAAAAUUGGAAUUUAGACGAAUCUGAUAAUAAAUUGUGUGUUGUAGAAGCUAAAAGUGGUUGGGGUAAAACUUCUCUACUAGCUAAAGUUACAGCUAUACUUGUGCAGGAGGGUUUUGAUGUUUUUUAUCAUUUUUGUGGUGGAACUAAUUUGAGUCGUCAGUCUAGUAACUUGAUACAAAGAUUACUCCACUAUCUGGAUAUACCACCUAAGGCUAAAGCAGAGGAAAAUGAAGAGGAAACUAAACCAUUAAAUUUACUUAAAGAUGCCUUUGAAGAGAUUCGUAAAUCAAAAAGAAAAAUUAUUAUUGUAUUUGAUGCUGUUAAUGAGUUAACAAGUAUGGCACUGAAUAAUCAUUUAUCUUGGUUGCCACCGACAACACCUUGUAAUGUCCGCUGUAUUGUCAGCUGUAAUCAACAUGCACCGUCUCUAGCCAGACUUGCUGAACAUCCAUGUUACUGGUUUCAGUUGGCAGACCUAGGUGAAAAUAAUUUAAAGGCAUUGGCUGUUAGUUAUCUUGGUACUUUUAAUAAGAGAUUAGAUGAAGAACAGUUAGAUUUAUUAGUUAAUGGUACAGGCGUAGAUAAUCCUUUGUGGAUCCGACUGAUGUGUGAAGAACUACGCGUGUUUGGUGACUUCAGAAAUCUAACUAGUAAAAUAAGAGAUUUGCCUAAAUCUCUGGAUGAAUUAUUUAGUACUAUAUUUACACGACUUUUAGCGGAAGAUAGCACUGGUUGUAUUAAAAAGACUCUAUGUCUUAUAGCUAUAUCUUACUGUGGGUUACCAUUAGCUGAUAUAAUGAAGAUAUUAGGAGAUGUUGUUAAAAAUGAAAUUAUAUUAAUACCAAGGUUACACUGGGCUCAAGCCAGACGUCAUUUAAAACCUUAUAUUAGAACUAUUGGUUAUCCUAAUGAUAUUCUUACUUUUUCUCAUGAAUACUUGUGGAAGGCAGUGGAGAAGAUCUUACUUACAAACAGAACAGAAGUUGUUAAAAUGCAUGUUUCUCUGGCUGAUUAUUUCCAGAAUAUAUGUGAAAACCCUGAAUUAAGAUCCCAAUGUGUACCAUAUCAUUUACAAUAUGGUAACCUAGGACAAAGAUUGGUAGAUUUUCUCCGUACUGAUGUUGAUGCAGCAAGAUUACCUGAUUUUGUUCGCAGUAACUAUUUACAGGCAUUUAGAUGUCCGAAUAUGGCAAAGCUUAACCUACCAAAUAAUAAAGAAGUCAAGUUCUGUGCAUUUUGCUCAAGUAAACGAAGUAAGAUGAAAUCAGGUAGUUUUUGGACAGCUAAAGAUAGUUGUAUUAUUUGUGGAGCUCAUAUAUGGUCUCGUACGGACGUUCCGGGACGCACAUGUGGUUUUCAUGGGAUGGGACUACCGAAUACAACUAAGUGUUUCUCUUGUAACAAUGUUAUAUGGGAGAAGCAUCAAACAUCAAUGAUGGCUGUGAAGGGAUUUUUGUGUAAUAAUUGUGGAUUUGGAGUGAAAGGUUCAUUAUGUUCUUUACUGGUUCCUAGAAAUUAAUAAAAAAUUGUCUAAGAUGUUCCCCGGUUGUAUGUGACAAGGAAUAGGGUCGCCUGUCCAACCUUGUGGAUUUUCUCCGGGUCCUCCGGUUUCCUCCCACUGCUAAAGGCCCCUAUGCGCAAGCAAAUUAUUAAAAUAAAAUGGAGCCAUAUGUUAGUCCCAAAAUGACCUAGUUUGUGUUGAGUGGAUGUUAAACUCCAUUUCUCUCGCUCUCCUCAACCCAAAACCUUGUGAAGAUGAUUAAAUCACCUCUCAAUUCAACCAAAGUCUGUUUUUGUACUGCUGUUGUGCUGAGGUAUUUAAAUAAUUAAAUAUAAUAAUUGUGAUAAUUAAUAUUAUGCUCUGUAUUAAAAUAACUUUUAAUAUUUUCCAUAAAGUAUGACUUCAGAUAAAGUAAGAUAAGUGCAUAUGGCCAUUUGUGCUACUGGUUUGAUAUCCAAAUGUUAUACAUCCGUAAUACAAAAGCCUUAGAAACUGAGCGGUUUAUUUUACUGCUGAUGGGUUACUUUGAUACUUAAUAAACCUAGUGAAUAUUAUCCAUAAAGUUGUUUGUUAUAAUACAUGUAUUUUAAGGUCCAUGAUUAAACAUUAAUAUCAACACUCGUGGAUAAAGUAAAAAAAACUCGGCAAAGCUUUGAUUUGUUUAUUUUAUCGACUUGUGUUGAUAUUUAGUCUUAAAUCAAACAAGACUUGUAAGAGAUUUUCUGUUUAUUGUUAUAUUUAUGAGUAUUAUGUAUAUUGUAUUGUUAAAGAAAGAAAAUACGUUUUUUCUCUCAAUUAGUGCUAUUAUACUGUUUUUAUUUAGGCAGUGGCUAUUGUUACGACGAGUCGUAAAAAUAGUCCUCAGGCUAUUGUUACGACGAUGCUUUCACAGCCCUCCAUCGGCGAAGUUAAAAACUGAAUAGUCGUAAAAAUAGUCCUAACCCUAACCCUAACCCUUCCCAUCUCUUAAUUGCUGCCUUCAGUUCUGAAAACGUUGAAAAUACUGCUCCUUUUUCAAAGCAUGUGUUGGGGAGAUUGGCAGCCAUUUUGGAAUUCGUUCUAAACUUGGCUCAGACUGGUCGUAACAAUAGCCACUUUGGUUUAUUUAAUAUACCAAUAUUUUAUAUAGAUGUAUAUUGUCAGGAUCAUCUGUUUUUCUCUUCACAAUUGCAGAAUUAUUGUAGGAAUUGUUUGUUUUGUCAGUGUUCUAUUAUGUUGGAAGGUUUUUGACCUAUUAACUUUGUUCUUGUACACAGUUUAUACUCUCUGGAUCAAAAUAUACACAUUAUCAAAAUAUAAAUCUUUUCCAUCUUAAUUUUAUAUUAAAUUGUUUCUUGAAAUGCUUCGAAUACAAUCUGAUUAAAACACAGAUCCUAUUUCGUUUCGUUUUUGUAUUGUUCCAAAUUUUGUUUUUACUUGUCUUUACUACCCUACGAUCUGGUGUUCUGGUUGAUGUAAGGGCUUAGCCAAUAAAAUAGUCUGUGGGUAUCCCACUAGAAACAUCAAUGCUGAUUGGUUAAUAAAAUGUCUGAUGUCAUAGGGUCAAAAGUCACUCGUAUGACCCCUGAUGCGACCUCCCACUAUAACCAGUUAGAUUUUCAUGUCGUUGAGGCCAUCAAAAUCAUAAAAAAAUAACAAAAUGAGAUAUAGAUCUGUAUUUUAUUCAGAUUGCUUCAAAUAUGUAUACCAUUUGGAAACCCCAAAAUAUCCUUUAUUUAAUCUACCAGCAACAAGAAACCACCCAUAAGCUCAAUUAUGUCAAGAUAUUACUUAUAUUUUUAUUGACUUUCGUUUUUCUUUUACAUGAAAUAUUCUAUGAAUCUAGUAGUUUUUGAAAGAUAUCAUUGUUAUUAUAUGUUACAGUGUUUAUUCAAGUUUUUAAAGAUAUUGUCUUGUGAUAAUUAUUGUUAUUUUAUCUCUAUGCUCAUAAAUAAGUCAUUGUCUACUUGCCAGUCAUUAGAUAGGAUUGUACUAAUGUUAGGUCCAGAAAGGUCAUGAUAAUUUGUAGGUUUAAUACGAUCAGCAUUCCAGUAGUUUCCUGCAUACCGGUAUUUGAAUUUUUAUAUAUAUAUAUAUAUAUAUAUAAAAUGGUACUUGUAUUGAUGGCUUUUUUUUUUUCAAUAGCCGACUUCUAAUUUAUACUUAUAUUCCAUGAACAAGUUGUUUAAAUGUAAAAGUAGUAAAAGUAGAGAAUGGGACAUCAGGGGCGGAUCCAGGAUUUUUAGAAAGGGGGUGCGUGCUGCCCCCACUUGGGAGUGUGAAGCCCUGCCCUCGGUGGCGGACUGAUGGGCAAUCAACCAAGUCACCAACCAGCUUGUUUCGGAGUAAAUAAUUAUAUCACACCUAAACUGACUGUUAAUUCGUUUAGCAACAUGAGCUUCGGUACCUACCUACCAGCUGAGGGGUGAUAAUUGGUUUGAUGCAGCAUUCCCUAAAAAAUUGUUUGCCACCUCCAAAAAUAGGGGGGGGGGGGGGUGCCACCUGGAUCCGCGCCUGCACAUCAAGUUUGUUUAUACUAACUUUAUACUGUUAACUUUACUUGUUGCUCAUAUUUUAUUUUAUUUUUUAUCCAAAAGAAACUUUACCAAGAUCUUUAGAAACUAUUAAAUCCAACCCAAAUCAUGCUGACAUAUUGCAAAGAUGUGUAGAAAAUAAAACUGUAACAGGAUUUAAGUCCAUGGACACAUUAGCUAUAUAUUUGGCUAUAGGUUGCAUCAUUGAGUCAAGUGGCGUGGUGUCGAUCCCCGCUUGUACGUGACAAGGAGUAGGAUAUUCCGUCCAAAUUCUUGGGUUUUCUCCGGUUUCCUCCAACUGCUAAAAGAACCCUACAUGCAAGCAGAGAGAGAGAGAGAAAUGGGGUUUAACGUCCACUCGACACAAACUAGGUCAUUUCGGGACUAACAUGGUUUUAAUUUUAUUUCAAUAAUUUACUUGCGCAUAGGGGUCUUUAGCAGUGGGAGGAAACCGGAGGACCCGGAGAAAACCCACGAGGUUGGACAGGCGACCCUACUCCUUGUCACGUACAACCGGUGAUUCGAAACCACGCCAGUCGACUCAAUGACAGACUUUAUGAUACAGCGCGCGCACGCUAACCAUUCAGCCAUCCAACCCCACCACAUGCAAGCAAAUUAAUGAAAUAAAUUUGCUUAUACGUGACAAGGAGUAGGGUCUCCCGUCCAAACUCGUGGGUUUACUCCGGUUUUCUCCAACUGCUAAAAGACCCCUACGCGCAGGCAAAUUAAUGAAAUAAAAUUGAACCAUAUGUUAGUCCCGAGAUGACCUAGUUUCUGUCAAGUGGAUGUUAAACCCCAUUUCUCUCUCUUUCUACUUUUACUUUGUACAGAUUUCAAUUCUAUUGUCCAAGGUUUGAAAGAGAUUUAUAAUUUUUCUUGAUCAAGUUUCUUUAGGAUAUUGUCGUAUAAUAUACAUAAAAUUUAUCAAAUAUUUUAAAAAAAAUUAUUUUGAUAAAGAAAUAAAA